CGAUUCAAGGGGUCCUUGGCCGACGGACGUCACACAAAACACGUGUGUUCGGGAGACGCACGUUACGACUGGAUCUGUGCUGAGAUCGAUUUGCUUUUACUUGCAAUAGAUUUUAAUUAAGGUUUCGUCGAGUGAACAAAACAAACUCCGCUGUAAUGGGCGGGUUACAGAAGAAGAAGUAUGAGAGUGGAUCAGCCACUAACUAUAUCAGCAGGAAUAAAGCCCGCAAGAAGCUGAGUCUGAGUCUUGCUGAUUUCAGGCGGUUAUGCAUAUUGAAAGGGAUCUAUCCUCAUGAACCCAAACACAAAAAGAAGGUCAACAAGGGCUCGACAGCACCCAGAACCUUCUACCUGCUGAAAGACAUCCGCUUCCUCUUGCAUGAGCCUAUCGUUGGCAAGUUCAGAGAGUACAAGAUUUUUGUGCGGAAACUGCGGAAAGCAUAUGGAAAAGCUGAGUGGAGCGGAGUGCAGAGAAUGAAAGAGAACAAGCCUGCGUACAAACUGGACCACAUCGUCAAGGAGAGGUAUCCCACGUUCAUUGAUGCUGUCCGAGAUGUAGAUGAUGCCCUUUCUAUGUGUUUUCUGUUUUCUACGUUCGCUCGCACGGGAAAAUGCCACGUUCAGACAAUUCAGCUGUGCCGGAGACUUAGCAUUGAAUGGAUGAACUACAUCAUCGCCUCGCGGUCUCUGAGAAAGGUUUUUCUUUCUAUUAAGGGUAUUUAUUACCAGGCUGAGGUUCUGGGACAAACCAUCACAUGGAUCAUACCAUAUCAGUUUGCCCAUGAUCACCCUACAGAUGUGGACUACAGAGUUAUGGCCACCUUUACAGAACUCUACACAACGCUGCUUGGAUUCGUCAACUUCCGCCUUUACCAGACCCUCAACCUCGUCUACCCGCCCAAGCUUGAUGGACAAGGAGAGUUCAGCCUCAAAUCAGAGUUUGAAGAAGAUUAUGCCCUGGAAUCAGAGAGCUAUACUGAGAAACUGUCAGCGUUAAGUGCCAGCCUGGCCCGUACAGUUCCUUCAGUGGAGGAGGAGGAGGCACAGCUGGACCAUUUCCCUGCUGAAGGGGAAGACCUGGAGAAAAUGGAGGCGAGAGAGAGGACCGAGCUGGAGCAGAACAAACAGAAGAAGCUCUUCGAAGGGCUGAAGUUUUUCCUAAACAGAGAAGUUCCCAGGGAAUCGCUGGCUUUUGUCAUCAGGUGUUUCGGUGGACAGGUGUCCUGGGAUAAAUCACUGUGCAUCGGCAGCACUUACGAUGAAACCGACGAAACGAUCACACAUCACAUUGUGGACAGACCCACCAUCGACAAACAGUAUAUCAACAGGUACUACAUCCAGCCCCAGUGGGUGUAUGACUGUGUAAAUGGAAAGAUACUGUUACCCGUAGAGGAAUAUUUCCUGGGAGUUACACUGCCGCCCCAUCUGUCACCGUUCGUGGAGGAGAGCGAGGGAGAUUAUGUGCCUCCUGAGAAACUCAAACUCCUGGCCCUGCAGCGAGGACAGAAGCCACAAGCAGAAGAGGAGGAGGAUGAGGAAGAAGAGGAGGAGGAAGAUGACGAAGAGGAAGAUGAUCAAAGUGAGGAUGAAGAUGAGGCUGAAGAUGAAGCUAAUUUAGCUGAAAUGGAGGAGAAGAGAGCUCAGGGAAAGAGUCUGUCAGUGAAGGUGACCCCUGGUAAAGUCAAACCAGAGAACCGCAUGCGCACCGAACAAGAGGAAAAGGCAGAGGAGAAGAGACUGGCUAUUAUGAUGAUGAAGAAGAGAGAGAAAUACCUCUAUGACAAGAUCAUGUUUGGCAAGAAGAGACACGUCAGAGAGGCUAACAAGCUAGCAGCUAAGAGGAAAGCUCAUGAUGACGCCAACAAAGCCGACAAGAAGAAGAAGAAGAAAAAGUGCUGAUUUUUUUACAUGUAUUAAAGUGUUUCUUGUGCAUUUUCUCUCUGCUGAGAGACUUUGAGAAUUGUUCUUCUCUCGUUUCAACUCAUUGCAUCAUUUAAUGGAAAUUGUACAUGAUUCACUGAACUCCAUGUAUCAUUUAAGUUUGCCCGAACUGGUUUCAGUGACACUUUUCUGGAUUUCUUAUUUGUCUUUGACAUCUAAUAAACAUAAGAUUAUGAUUAUCUUUAAUUAAAAGUUUA